AUGAACAGUGACAAAGGAAAAGCUGUGUGGAAUUCAACCUUGAUAGAAAAUUUCAUUAAGGAAUGCUUGGAGCAAGUGUACAAGAAACAAAGGAAGGGAAAUACUUUCAACAAAAAUAGGUGGCAGGCAAUAAUUGAGGGGUUUGAGGCAAAAACAAGAAAAAGGUAUGAGCGAAAGCAAUUGAAAAAUAAGCUAGAUAACAUGAGGAAAGAAUGGAACGUAUGGCAUAAGUUGUUUUCAAGUGAAACCGACUUAGGAUGGGACAGUGACAAGAAGACUGAAAAUCUUCUUUAUGGAAAAUUUAGAUAUAAAGGUCUGAGAUUUGCAAGGGAAUUAACUUUGAUAUUCAAGGAUGUUCUGGCAACUGGGGAGACACUUUUUGUACCAUCUGCUACCCAGACCCAAAUAGAGGAUGAUGAUGAUGAGGAUGUGUACCACCCUACUAUUGACCUUUGA